AUGACUGUUAGCUUAAUGGAGACAGCCCAAGACGAGCUCCCAAAGAUGGAAGUCGAUUCAGUGCCCAGCAAAGUAGACAGCAGUGCCGCGACCAUCCCAACCGAAGUCACUCCUCUUGCUCCGGUCGACGAUCUUUUGGCCAACAACAAUAUGGACGUUACUACUACAGAGGUCAAAGUAGAGAUAAAGGACGAACCAAAUAUUGAAGCCAACACUUCUGCAACAGCUCCGGACGCUGCUCCCGUUGCUACGUCUUCUUCUGGAAAUGCCCUGGCUGGAACAAAACGUGAACGUGAUGAAGAUGGUGAAGAAGGCGACGAUGCGUCGAAUAAACAACAGAAGCUGGCCAAGCAUCGAUAUGCAAUCUUGUUUGGAUACAAUGGAAAGAAGUAUCACGGUCUGCAAAUGCAUGAUGUUUCUGCUGAUGCCAAGGAGCUGAAAACUAUUGAAUCUGAGUUGUUGAAAGCCAUGCAUACUGCUCGACUUGUAUCAGACGAAAACGCCGAGAGCAUGAAAAAGAUUUCCAUCUCUCGAAGUGCACGUACUGACAAGGGUGUUUCCGCUUGUCGAAAUCUCAUUGCUGUCAAGAUAAAGAGUGAAGAAGUUGCAAUCAAGACAGUCAAUGAGCUCCUACCACCGGAAAUUAGAGUUUGGAAUCUGUUACGAGUAGUUGGCUCAUUUGACGCUAGACGAACAUGUGAACAACGAUCCUAUGAAUACUUUAUGCCUACAUAUGUCUUUGCAGCGCCUCAUCCCUCGUCCAACUUUGAACUUCGAGGAGGACGCUGUGAGACUAAAAUCGUCAAUGAACUGGGCCACGUUAUAGGAAAAGUAGACGGAAAGGGCAACUUUGUCGAAGAUAUUGUACCAGGAGCCGAAGGAAUUUACAAACACCUAAACACCAAAACUCAAAAGACCCUCAUGUAUGAACCACUAGACAUCACACCUAAAACACCCGAAGAGUUACUAUUACACCGACAACGCCGUGCUGCGCCUGAAGAAUUAGCUAAAUUCAAGGAAAUAAUGAGAGCAUAUCUAGGAACAAGAAACUUUUGGAAUUAUACAGUUGGAACCAAGUUUGCGGAUGCGUCAGCUACUCGUGUCAUGAUUGAGAUUGAAGUGAACGACCCUGAGGUCAUCAAGUCUCCCAAAGGAGUGGAAGUUGAAUGGAUUCGCAUCAAGAUUCAUGGACAAUCCUUCCAACUUCAUCAAAUCCGAAAGAUGAUGGCUAUGGCAAUUCUCGCUGUGCGAACUGGUACUCCAACAGCUAUAGUUUUACAGUCCUUCAGCAGGAAGCGAGUCACAAUCCCCAAAGCUCCUGGUGUCGGUCUCUUGCUCAACAGUCUCUUCUUCAAUCGCUACAAUGCUGAUAGGGCAAACAGACGCAAACAAGCUGGUUGGGCUGAAAUCGACUAUACACAAUACGACGAGAAGAUUGAAAGUUUCAAGAGGGAACAUAUUCAUACAGCCAUUCUUGCUGACGAGGAAGAGAAGAACACAUGGGAGGGAUGGACUCGAUUGAUUGAUCGUCAUUCAGUGUGUUAUCUUCACUACUUGAACAAAGAGGGAGAAGUGCUCAACAACAACACGACAUGGUCUCCCCGCCAUGUACGUGGGCAGGCUGAUGAAGAAAUGGCGGAUAAAGAAGAAGAUGAAGAAGACGAAAAGGUUGGUGACGGGGACGGUUGA